GUAACCGCGCCUGCCUCUUUAAGGCCAGGAUGCCAAGUAAACUUGAGAUUUUUAUUCAAACUGGUCAAACUUCUUGUCGUUUACUAUAAAUAAAGAUACAACAAAAUUGGCUACAACAGUGCCCCAAAUGGCGGGGAUAUUUGGCAGAGCAAUGAAGGAUGUAGCUUUUUCGGUGACUACGUCAGGCGACGGCUCAAGAACUUUCAAUAGUAACAUAGGUGACGGCAUGGAGGAUGAUAGGCAGAGUAAUAGAGGUAGAGGUCGAGGAGGCUACAACAACAACCAAGGCAGCUACAGAAGCAGAGGAAGGGGUCGUGGAAGAGGAAGGGGACGGGGUGGCAAUAAUAGGGGAAGAGGGGGGCGAGGUGGUAGACAAGAUGCCAAUCCAAGGUCUUACUUAGCCGACGAGGAAGAUGAUGAAAGCAUGGGGGAUGCAGAUGAUAAUACCGGGGGCUACACAUCACGAUACACACCAUAUGGCGCGCGACCCCCUAGUAGGCGUGGCUAUCAGCAUGAUGACCGAUCAGGUGGUGCAGGGGGAGGGAUCAAGUCACGACUUGGGCAGAGACAACACUCUGGAUGGAAAUCAUUUGAUUCAGAUUGGCACAGAGUUGUGGUUAACAGGGCCAAGAUCCAUGACAAAGAAUGGCUCAUCAAACGGCUGCAAAGUUCUUCUGAGGAGGCAUUCCAACCUGUUGAGUUCCAUUACAUGGGUGAAAGUGCUGUGUUUUUUGUGGAGGGCUCAAGAGCAGCGGAAGCUCUCAAACGUGUUAGUCAUAGUAUUACAGUCAAAGAUGGCUCCAAGUUGAUAAUUACAGUACGGCCAAGCCAGAAACCAUUUAAAAGUCACAAAGGCGGCGCUGGAGGCGGAGGCGGUAGCAGUCAGUGGAGUCCAGAAAAUGAACAAGUUCUCAAGGAAUGUCUUAGCAAUCGAUACAAUCCUCAAACAAAAACUAUGGAUCUUACAGACAUGUUCCAUGAUGAAGUUCUAAAAGCAAAUAAUGUUUUUGGAGCUCUGAACAAGUAUCCACUUGCUCAAGAAAUAUUAAAACUCAUUGGAGAAAACUGCCCUGAUGUUGAGUCCCUAGAUGUCAGCAAUAACCGGCUAUUCCAGUUGGACCAUUUCAAAGAUCUGGCAACACAGGCACCUGGGAUCAAGUGCCUCAAUUUGUCCAACACUAUGUUAAAAAGUAUUGAUGAACUCGACAAAGUGAAGGGACUCAAGGAGCUAGUCACCCUAAAUCUGACGGGGAACACAUUCUGUAAAUCAUUUGAGGGGAAAUCAUCAGCCUAUGUCAGUGCUGUCAGAAGUAGGUUUCCAAAAGUCACAAAUCUUGAUGGCAAUGAGCUGCCGCCACCAAUUGGGUUUGACUUGCAGACCUCCACUGUGUUGCCAACAGUACAGGGAAGCUACAUCCCCGACCCCGCUGUCAAAGAUUUGGUGCUCAAGUUUUUGGAGCAGUACUUCAAGAUCUAUGAUUCUGGGGACAGACAGCCUCUACUUGAUGCUUACCACGAUCAGGCAAUAUUCUCAAUGUGUGUGGACACACAGGCAAACUCCAGCACAAAGGGCUCACGAGGACCCUCCUUAGGUCCCUAUAUGAGGAACAGUCGAAAUAUGAAGAGAGUCACUGAAACUGACCAUCGUGCAGCAUUGAUCAAGCAUAACCGCCUGUCUGUGGUCGCAAUGCUGAAUGAUUUUCCAGGAACCAAGCACGACUUGGCGAGUUUUGUUGUUGAUAUUAACCUAACCUUGUCGACUAUUAUAUCGUUUUCUGUCAGAGGACUAUUUAUGGAAGAAGACAAAACAGCCCGGUCUUUUACGCGAGUCUUCGUCGCCGUCCCUGCUGCUGGUGGCAAAGCUUUGAGUAUCAUCAAUGAUGAAUUGCAUAUAAGGAAUGCUUCUUCCUCGCAGGCUGAGAAACUAGCUUCAGCCGCCUCAGCAUCCAUCAUCACGCCUAAUGUGGGUUCAGGUAUCAUGGCGCCUGCGCCGUCAGCCACACCCUUACCUGCUGCCACCACUGUGCCUGCGGCAGGGAUGCAGAAUCUAACACCACAGCAACAACAACAGAUGGUGUUGCAGUUUUCGAAUCAAUCCCAGAUGAACCCAGAAUGGUCCUUUAAGUGCCUAUCGGAAAAUGGGUGGAAUUACGAGAAAUCAGCCGAAAUAUUCACCUCCUUACAGGCUGCGGGAAGCAUUCCACCAGACGCCUUCGUGAAAAAAUAAUAGUGUUAACACAAAACCACACCAAAGAAUGGAUACCCAAGAAAAGAACAAAAAUAUGACUUUAUUUUAGAGGGAAUGAUCCCGAUGUAUUUUAAAAUUCCAGCGAAAAGAGGUCUUUACCAAAGCAUAACUUGUGUUUUACAUUUUUACAUUUUACUCUCCUGUGUUGUUCUAUAAUUGUUCAUAUAUGGUAAUUAUCUCGAACAAUAGCGUCAGAUUGAGGCACGUGGUUUUGCAGUUUCCCUACCCCACUUGGCCUCAUUUUGAAGCUCAGAUUUUACUAAAGAAAUGAGGCUCACUCUCCGAUCUCCCAGUCUUUAUGCUGUGUUGUAAAUAUGUAAAAUAAAAGUGUGGCUCUUUAGAAUAAACUUAUUCCAGAAAAUA